GUCUGUAUAUGGCAGGCGUAGUAAUUACAAUAGUAGCAAUCAACCUUGAUGCGCAGAAUUGUGCACCCGUUUGAAUGUUCAACGUUCAACAUUCAACAUCAUUAGCUACUCUAUGGUAACUUCUUUCACGGCCCUUCAACCCAUUCCGUUCUAUCUCGCUAUAACGCCUAUCGGAUGGUGGGAAGGGUCGAUUACAAAGACAAGCGGUCAGACGGGAUAAUUAUAGCUUCACCAUCGCAGGUUCCCUUGCAUGGGUCGUAGGAACUCGGAGAGCAUCUGAGUGGUUCCCUUGAGCAGUUCCCGUGCGACGCCGCACCAUUACAGAGUGAUGCCUGGCCGGUGUCGGGAUUCCAAUUGACAACUUUAGCAAUGGUCUUCGUCAGUGAGGACAUGCUAUGUAUAUAAAGCUAAAGAUGAUGGCCUCCAUCCCUCACUAUCCUCUCAACCAUGUUCCGCAGUGCCAUUCGUACUUCUCUCUCUAAGCCUCAAGUCGCUUCUCAACGAUUCUCUUCCGGGGGUUCCAGAGGUCUUAAGAUUCUUGCGAUCCUCUACCGCGGCGGUGACGCGGCAAAGCAAGAACCCCGUUUACUUGGAACUGUUGAGAACGAACUUGGACUUCGUUCAUGGUUGGAAUCGCAGGGCCAUGAAUACAUCGUCAGUGAUGAUAAAGAAGGCCCGAACAGCGUCUUCCAGAAACAGAUUCAAGAUGCCGACAUUCUGAUCACCACACCUUUCCAUCCGGGCUAUGUUACACCUGAAGUGUUCAACAAGGCGAAGAACUUGAAAGUUUGCGUCACGGCUGGUGUCGGCUCAGAUCACAUCAAUCUCAAUACGGCCAUUGACAAGAAGGUCCAAGUACUUGAAGUCACUGGUUCGAAUGUAACUUCCGUUGCGGAGCACGUUGUCAUGAACAUGCUUUUGCUCGUCAGGAACUUCGUUCCUGCACAUGAGAUGAUCGAGCGUGGCGACUGGGACGUUUCUCAGGUUGCUCGUAACGCGUUUGACCUUGAAGGCAAAGUUAUUGGAACGAUCGGUGCCGGUCGUAUCGGGCACCGCGUGCUUCAACGUGUGCUUCCCUUCAACCCGAAAGAGCUCGUGUAUUAUGACUACAACCCUCUUCCCGAAGAGGCGGCUAAGGCCGUUGGAGCCCGCCGUAUUGACACCGUAGAGGAACUCGUUUCCCAAUGUGAUGUCGUUACCGUCAACUGUCCAUUGCACGAGGGCACUCGUGGACUUAUCAACGCUGACCUCCUCAAGAAGUUCAAACCCGGUGCUUGGCUCGUAAACACUGCUCGUGGUGCAAUUUGUGACAAGUUUGCUGUCGCUGAUGCACUUAAGAGCGGUCAACUUCGUGGCUACGCUGGUGACGUGUGGGACGUCCAACCCGCACCUAAGGACCACCCUUGGAGGGCCAUGAAAAACCCUCUCGGUGGUGGAAACGGCAUGGUUCCUCACUACUCUGGUACCACUUUGGAUGCUCAGCAGAGAUACGCUGCUGGUACCAAGUCCAUCCUUGAGAAGUACUUCCAGGGUAAGGAACAAGAGCCCGCCAACGUCAUCGUUGGCAUCGGCAAGUGGGCAACUAAGGCUUAUGGUCAACGCUAAGUACAGAGUCCGAUCAUGUUGUCAGUUAGACGGGACCCCUUCUCAUCUUUUGUAAUCUUGUACCAUCCAUUUCAUGUACUCUAAGUCUGUUACAAUUGCAGCUGUAACUCGUAUCCAUCAUGAAACGAAGGUAGACCCAAAGCGCCUGGGAGCGAUCAGUACAAUUAUACAGU